GCUGCGCCCACACUUUUUUAUGCCAAAAAAAGAGGCCAAAAUAAAAGAAUUUUUUUCCUUCGAGCGCAAUCCAAACAACUGACAGGCGGAUACAGAGAGCACAGCAACACAAAGCCAAAAAAAGGCACCACCGACCAAUUCAAUAACCGCCCACCACCUCACACAGCACAAGGAGAACAGACAGAGAGAGAGAGAAGACCGCCAGAACAACAAUGGCUGACGAGGAGUUUCAGGUCGAGAACACGCCUGGCUACCAGGCACCAAAGAAGGUUGACCUUGGCACGCUUCAGGAGCUGGACAAGGACGACGAGGCCCUCAACCGCUGGAAGGCGGCACUGCUGCAGGGCGCAGAGACAGCAAAGAACACUGAUGACCCGAGGAAAGUGAUUGUGCAGGCGAUGAUCUUCCACACAAACGACCACGAGGACCUCGUGCUCGACCUCACGGGCGACCUGUCCACGCUCAAGGAGAAGUCCUUCACCAUCAAGGAGGGUUGCCAGUACCGCAUCAAGAUUGACUUCAAGAUUCAGAACGAGGUCGUUUCUGGCCUGCGGUAUGUGGAUGCCGUCUACCGCAAGGGCGUCCGAGUUGAGAGGAACAACUUCAUGCUCGGCAGCUACGGCCCCAAGCCGGAAACUCAGACUGCAAUGACUCCCUGGCAGGAGAUGCCGUCUGGCAUGCUCGCCCGCGGCCACUACAAGGUGAAGAGCAAGUUCAUCGAUGACGAUGGCGAGACACAUCUUGCGUGGGAGUGGACCUUCGACCUCAAGAAGUCGUGGUAAAUUGCACUCGCAUACACGCACGUGCAUGCAUAUCAUGCUUGAGUUGCUUCCUUUCUUUGCCCUACCCUCAUACAUGAGACAGACACAGACACAACCACAACCAAGUGCACAACCACACAUACAUGCCCACAACCACCCGCACAUAUGAGAACGCACAAACGCACAUGCACAACAUGCUCUCCGCCUCGCCUUUUCUUCGUUGCUACUUGUUGUGCUUUCUGCUGUCUUUCUUUCCCUUCUCCUCUGCUGCCGUUGUUGAAUGACGAUGAUGUGUUGAUGUUGUACACCGCUCCUCCCAACACACACACACACGCGCGCGCACACACACACGCACGGUGCCACGUGCACGCAUGUCCGUGUUGGCGCGCCUGUUAUCGCGACCAGCACGUGCUGUGUGGUGCUGUGGUGCUGUUGGAAGCGAGCACAAAAGUUAAAACAACAGUUGUAACAGCACACAGUAUUGGUUGUGCGUGCGUGUGCGUGUGUGCAUGCGUGUUUGGUGAGGGGGAAGGUGCCAUCUUGCUUGGCAGUCUUGCUUGGCCGGAAUGGUGUAUGUUCAAACUACGAUGUACAUGGCGACGAGAGCGACAAGCGAAAAGAAAAAAAAAUUCUUGCAGGCA